AUGGGAGCUAUCAGCGUCUGCGCCUUCAGCCUCCUCUCUGCCUUGCUACUCCUGCAUUAUUGCCUCCUGGCACCUUCUGCUGUUAUGGUCUCCAAGGAGAGGAUCCAAUCAAGAAAGCUCUUGCAGACCGUACUCGUCAGCUCAGACUCAGAGAAAGCGCGACGAGAGGUGUUCAGGCAGCGGCUAAGGCGGCAAACAAGGUUCCUGCCGGCGCCGCCGAGGCGUCUGAUAACGUGA